UUGGCAUGAGGACAGCUGUCAGGUGGAGAGCUGUGAAACAUAACCGAAACGAAUCUCAGCCGUGCUGUGAAAGUCUAACGUUAAGUUUUGUGUAAAAUGUCCAAACAAAAUUACGUGUGAAAUUCGUACAUCAAAAUUUAGUUCGUUACGCGCACACAAAGUCUUUACAUAACCACCAAACCCACCACACCAAGCGCAAACUCGCCACAUCCCCAGCCUGGAUUACUGCAGAACGCGGUCUGUUGCGCAUUGAAGCAGGCAUGGCACAGCAGCAGGAGCAGCAACAGUCGCAGCAGCCGCAGCAGCAGUCGCAGUCGCAGCAGCAGCAGCAGCUAUCGGAGGCGACCGCCUUGCGGCUGCUCAAUAGCGUUGUGGCUGGCGCUGUCACGCCCCAAAUAUUGGCAACGCCCCACCACGUACAGAUGCAGAAUCCAAGCGAGGCGGGCGGCACGUGUGGCAUAGCUGGGGGCAGCAACGGUGGCGGCGGCAGCGGCAGCGGGGCCAGCGGCAGCGGGGCCAGCGGCAGUGGGGCCAGCGGCAGCGGGGCCAGCGGCAGCGGGGCCAGCGGCAGCGGGGGCAGCGGCAGCGGCGGCGGUUGUGUUGAUGCCACACAGCUGGGACUCGUAUUGCCAAUAUCCGGGCCGGGUCAGGCAUCGCAGGAGAGCGUCCACUCGGCCAAUGAGUUUGGCAAUUCGUGCCGCAUUUGUCGCUGGAAUCGCAGCGACAUGGAGAUCAUCAACUGUCCCUGCAAGUGCAAGGGCAGCGUGGGCUAUAUACAUCUGAAGUGCCUGAAGCGUUGGAUAAUGCACAGACGGGACAAUCGCUGCGAGGUCUGCCAUGCCACGUUCAACAUAACCGCAGAUCGGGCGAGCGUCAAGCAAAUGGUGCGCGCCUUCUGCUGCGGCCGCUGCUGCGGCAUGAUCGUGAAGCAUGUGCUGUUCAGUGCCUCGCUAAUGCCGCUCGCCCAUGUCAUACUGCAGCAGGUCCUGCAUUGCAUGGAUAAUCUAAAUCAGGGCAGCACCGAACAGCUAACGGUACAGGAGGUAUUCGUCGCCUCCUGUGCUCUGCUGACGUCCAGUGCCCUAUUCUUUCAUUUCUUUGAAUUUGUGACGACACGCUUCCUGCUCAUACGCAAUAUACUGCGCCAUUGGUGGAUGUUUGGCAGCACCAAUGAUUUUGGCCUGGUGGAGGUUGAAGACGAUUCCUUUGACCUGUUUUAGGUUUCAAAAAACAAACAACAACAACAACAACAAAAAAAAAAAACAAAACAAAACAAAAAAAGAAGAAGCGAGCAGAGAAGCAACAAAUCAAACCGAGACGAAAAGUAAAUCAAGGCAGGCAGCUUUAUCUUUUUUGGAUGAAUUCAUCAAAUAGUAUAAUCAAAAUUGUGAAGUUUAUCAAUAAAACAAAGACUCGCAGAACGGCAUUCAGUUGAAAACCAUGUAACGUUGCAAUGCACUGCAAAUCGAUCCGAGUGACAGGCACAGCAGCGUUAAGGAUGCAGCAGCAGCCACUGAUUCAAUAAAAAAAAAAAAAAAAAAAUUAAAUAAAAUCGAUCGCGAUUUGGCUUUUUAAA